AUGGCGGCCGAUCCUGCGGCACAGCGUCAGUUCUUGAAAGAUAACGUCGAUGCCGACUUUAUCUUCCUUCUGGAAGAGCAUGGUGUUGACUUAGCGUUGCAGUACGCCAUUGGUCAGCAUUACAAGAGUAUCAGGACAUUUGCUGCUUUUGCCGAUGAUAGGGGGGCGGCUCGGACGGCCAUCACCGCGGACUUCGGCGUUCAAGCUGAGAGUGCGGCAGAUCGUGCUAGGAUGGCAUGUGUCAUCACUUCUUGGGAAGCUUCCAAAUUGAUUCGCGAGGAGGAAGCUAAGCUUCGGGCUGAGGCUAAGGUGUUGGGGGUCCAGAAGCCCCUCGUCUCUUCCGAUCGAGCGGCUAUGCGAGCUGCUUUGGAGGCGGUAAGGGGCUACUCUGUUCCAGAAUCUGAGGAGCCUGCGCUUGAGUACCUCGCACACAAGCUUGAGCAGAUUGAGAAUGGCGAGCCCGAACUCCGAGCGAAGAUUCGGCUCGAGGCAUCCACAUGGGUGAUGUUGGCCGCGAAGUGUCGCGGUCGGGCCUAUUUGCAGGGAUUGCAGUUGUCACAUUUUGAUCGUUUCUUGGAAUAUCUUCUGGGAGACAAGUGCUACAGUAUGCAAGUCGCAUCGGCGGCUCCCAUGAGUUCUUCUGCACAUGCUGAUCGUCACACUUUGUCUGUGCCCUGGAAUAUCGUGCUUCAGUAUGAGUUCGAGCUUCGUAAAUGGGCCAUCAAGGAGGCACAUCGUUUGAGUGCCCCGCUGGGUGACAAGCUGCAUGAGGCUACCACUAACACCGAGCUCAAGGAGCUGCAUUUUACGUCUCAGGUGGCAUUGUCUCGACGCUCGGCCGGAGCCGACCCUCCGCCACCAAAGUGGCCCCGCAAAGGCAAGGACGGCAAAGGGGAAAAAGGUGGCAAGGACGGCAAAGGUGGCAAGGACGGAAAGGGCAAGGCCGAUGGCAAGAUCAAAAUCGGCGAGUCAUGGUUCGAUCUGGUCUCGAAAACACCGGCGGAUGUUCGCGCCUGGCUGGAGGUCCUAUGCACGUCACAGAACAUCAUUUUGGAGAUGUCCGAAGUCGACAUCUGCCGUGACCCAAGUAUGGAUUUGCUGGACUCUGCAGUGGUUGAUCGGUGCUUGCUUCAAGUCCAAAAUUCGGAGUGGGACGUGGUCUUGGUGACUCCGCCCUGCAAUACCUUCUCUCGGGCACGAUGCGUACAGCCGGGUCCUCGGCCACUGAGAUCACGUAUUUACCCUGCGGGUUUUCCUUGGCUUUCAGACUCACAUCGUGCUGCCGCGGAUAAUGGCAAUCAGUUUGUUUCCUUUUCUUUUCAGAUAUGCACGGCUGCCCUUUCGAAUUCUAUUCCUUUUCUGUUGGAGCACCCUGAAGACCUGGGUAUGACAACCACCGGUCACACACCGGCAUCUAUUUGGCAACUUCCCGAAGCUGCUGCACUUUUUACGCACGAGCAGGUCGUGACUUUUGCGAUCUAUCAGUGUCACUACGGAGCCCACACGCCGAAACCCACCAGGUUCCUUUCUUCUAUCGCAGCCACCUUUGGCAUGCGAUUCAUGGGACCUCCUCGUUUUGAUUCUGCGGACAAGUAUCUGGGGCCUCUGCCCAAGUACUGUGGCCAUCGGCAUUCCAAUCGUCUUUUGGGUGCUGCCAACACUGCUGCUGCCGCCGCCUAUCCGCCUGAUUUAUGCAAGGCUAUCGCUUCCUGGACCUUCUCCGUCUUCGAUGGGGGAGGAGGUGCACCUUCGGAGGUUGCGACGCUACCUGAACAGGACGACAUUCCAUUCAGUGAACUGAAGUCUGGUUGCGAAGGGCCACCGAUGGUGGGGGAUUUCGCUGGGUCCUCGGAUGAGUUCGUCGAUGGGAUGUUCGUCGUGGAGUGUGUUCCGGACUUGGCGAAGUCGACUUUUCGUCUGGCGACGGGACACUGGAACGGGCCGCUCUUUGACCAGGGUCGCUUGGAAGAACUGAGGGAGGACUGGUUCAACAUGCUUCCUGAUCCCAUCCGGGCUCGGGAGAUGAUUCCUCAUCAACCCUUCUACUUGAGGGCGAUUUCUCAGACGCUUCGGAUUCUUGGAGACCCAGACUAUCGCAUCAUCGAGGAGGGGAAGUUCUGCUUCGUGAACGGUGUCGAGGUGGGGCACACGGCGCCAUUGGGGCCAGUGCCUCAAGUGUUCCGGAUCCGCAGAAAAGAUCAGAAGUACGAUGAGUCAACUUGGCAGCCGUUGAUGCAGAACUAUCGUGAUGGGGCUGAAGUCGAGAAGGCCUUGGAGGAGGCUUUCACCAAAGAGGAGGCAGAAGGACGCAUGUUCCCGCUUUCUUUGGCGGAGGCGAAAACACGCUUCCCUGGUCCUGCGCUUCGCAUUGCCGCUCAAGCAGUGAUUCCGAAACCUGACCAUGAAUUCCGUGUGGUCCAUGAUGGGACCCACGGGGUUCACGUCAACAAUGAGAUUGUUAUGCUUGACCGUCUUGAAUCGCCUGGACCAAGGGAGAUUUCUUCGAUUCAGAAGCUGGGCAUGGUGGCAGAAGAGAAAGUCCUGUUCGGGCUUGUGGGAGACGUGAAGAAGGCGCACAGGCGAUAUUUGCACCACCCAGAGCAUUGGGGGGUGCUCGCUUGUAGAACGCGGAGCGAUUCAUCAGUCGUAUGGCUUAACCGCACAGGAACUUUCGGAAUUGCUUCGGCGGCCUAUUGGUUCGCCCGCUUGAUUGGUUUGGUGGGCCGCUUGUCUCUCAGAGUUAUGCUUCAGGCUUUUGUUUUCAUGCUUAUUUAUGCAGACGACCUACACCUGCUCAGCGGCGGUUCAGAUCGAUGGCUCAACCUCUGGAUGUCCCUUGCCCUUUUGUGCAUGCAGGGCACACCCUUCUCGGAGAAGAAGUGGCGCGGGGGACUGCAACUUGAUUGGGUCGGUUACUGGAUUGAUUAUGGCCGCUUUAAGCUUGGGAUUUCGGAGAAGAGAUGCCAGUGGAUCAUCCGAUCGAUUGAGGGCAUGGAGGGAGACGGCUGGCUUGUGGACGUUCGCCGUUUUCACGAACUCCAUGGCCGGCUAGGCUUUAUGUCGCAAAUCUUGAUAUGGAUCAGACCCUUCCUCGCGCCGGGCUACGCAUGGCUAGCGGUAGUCAGCAAAGGGGCGGUAUUGGCACUGCCCAACUUGAUCCGCUGCACCCUGCGAUUCAUUCUUGAUCGGCUCCGCGCAGGUUCACGAACGUAUCCUGCGGGGCUGGCGGAUAAGGAUUAUGGGGAACUCUUCAGAACCGAUGCUGCUUGCAACUCUGACUCUGUGGUUCUAGGCGGUUGGUUCCUUGUCAGGGGUGUUGUCUGUAAAUCCGCUCCUUGGUUUCAGAUUACGCUUCGUCGCGAAGAAGCCCCUUGGCUCUUCAAGGAAGGUCUUGGGAGCUCCUGGGCCAGUACCUCUGCUGAACUGCUAUCCUCGCUGGUAGCGCUUCAUCUGCUGGAGAGGGAUUUUCCCGAGGUGUUUUCAUGUCCUGGCUCUUUCAGGGCUUGCUUCGCUGGUGGAACAGACAACAAGUCGGCGGAUGCCAUUUCUGCCAGACUUCUCACGACAAAGGUCCCUGUGAUGUUUGUGCUGAUGGAAUACGCUCACCGUUGCGACUUGGCCGGGGUCAGAUGUCUCUUGAACUGGAGGCCGCGUGAUGCGAAUCAGGAGGCAGAUAGGAUCACGAAGAAUGAUUUCUCAGAUUUCUGUCCGGACCUUCGGGUCACUGUCAGCUGGAGUGAGUUGAACUUCUCAGUGCUUCCGUCUUUACUUCGAUUCGCGAACUUUCAGAGCACUCUGGAGGAUGCGCGUGCCUCUGCUUCUGGCGAAGGACAAUCUCCUUCUCGCAUUCGUUUCGAGAAGAGUCAGUGGGGCUGA